AUGUCUGAUGAGGAAAAUGAUCGUUUUGAAGAAGAACAAAGUCUGUUAACUGACAAUUUUGAAACUAUACCGCAUACACCAAGUGCUUGGGAACAAGAUAUAUACGAUGUUGAUGAAGAUCCAGACCCCCAUGCUAGCCCAGAAAGGGAAAUUUUAUGGGCCGCUGAACAAGGUGAAUUGGAUUUGGUGAAAUCUUUGGUGUCAAAACAUUCUCACUUGGUUCAUAUCCAUGAUAGAGAUGGUUAUACAGCUUUACACAGGGCAUGUUAUAGUAAUCAUCUAUCAAUUGUUGAGUUUUUAUUAGAAAAUCACGCAAAUCCAAAUGCUCGGACAGCUGAUCAAUGGACACCAUUGCAUUCAGCUUGUAAAUGGAAUAAUGUGGAAUGUGCUGAAAAAUUAAUAGAAGCCGGGACUGACAUAAAUGCUUUAACUAAUGGUGGAAUAACACCUCUACAUUUAGUAGCAGAGUUGGCUGAUUCACAUAGUCUUAUUGAACUAUUAUUAUCUCAACCUGGUAUUCAGUGUAACGUAAAACUACCAAACGGUACAGGCGAUACACCAAAAGAUAUUACUGGUCGGAAGAGCACAAAUGAUCGACUUUUUGAAUACUCUGAACCGUGUUUCAAUUACAUAUGA